AUAUCACCUACGCCAACAUGGGACCAUCAGCAGGCAAGCGAGAUGAAGACAUUUGCAAAUCGAAAGAAACACUGGUGUCUAUACCGAAACACUCUUAUUGGUUUGAUUUUUGGCUCUUCGUUGUCUUUGACGUCGUCUUUUUCUUGGUCAUGUAUUUCUUAGUACCGUAAAAUGGCUGGCCCUAAGAGGAAGCAAGUUGAAGACUGAAGACGUGGGAGCAUCCUGAUAAAUGCUAACCCUGCUUCGACUGAAUUUAACACAACUUGACAUCCUGUGCGACAUUUCUGAUGUCAAAACAUUGGAAAUGUGCAUUAUACACUGUUGUCAUGACCUCAACCACACAAUUCCUCACAAUACAACCUCCUUGUCAGUUGUAAUGAUCUAUUCCAUGCAAAUUGUGUAUUUAUUCAGACUUUGAAACGUCCUCGAUGGUAUUUGGUGGUAUGUUACAACCAUAACUGUGACCCUGACUAACAGAUCUGCUCCGUAUUUAUGUAAUAGUAGGUUUGUUCUGUGUCUCCUUUUUGCCUUGAUAAACACCCAAAGCCUGGGGAGAAAGGGGUAAUGUCAGACCUGAUUAUAGUAUUGACAUUACUCAGUGAUCCAGAGUGCGGUGAUAAGAGACAGCAGAAUGCGAUGAAAUGUGAAGUCACUCAAGACGUAUUUUUUGGAAUUUGCACGCUGUGAAACUGCUUUCGGGGGACUGUUUUUCAUUUGCAGUCUUGCUUUACUCACCUACAAAAUAAAGCCAUUGUGAUUUCCAUGUACAUUCUUCUCUUGUGUACAGCUAAAUGUGGGAUAAAUUAAGCUGUCAAAUUUUAGGCCAGUUUUGCAAACAAUUCUAACGCACAAGCAUUGAAAAUGCGUGCUUUUACUUUGAUAAAGGACGCGUAUUUCCUCUUUUAUAGUAGGAAGUUCCGUUUUACAUUCAGCGUAAUGUAUCUGUAACGUCUGUGCUGUUAUGGCGACGACUGUCAGUGCCUGUCGAUUGGAAAACACAGGUCCGUUUUAAAUGCAUAUCAAGUUAUGUUCAUGUCUGUUAGAUUAAAAAUGGCAAUACUUAAUACGCUAAUCGUGAUGGUAGUCGGAUAAUGCAAACAAAGCUGCCAAGACUACUACAAUAUCAAACUAAGCAAAGAUAGUAAUAUGUGGAUAUUUUAAACAUAUUUGCAUACAUUGUUUUAUGUAAUGAGGAUUUCUAUUAGAACUUGACUGAAGUAGGUUCAGAGAAAGCAGCACCAACCUGUAAACAAUGCAAUCCUGAGUGAAUCUGUUUCAGUUCGUAUGAUGUUGACACUAUCGUGUGGUGCUACAGAUAUCUUCCUGCCAUUGUCUUCAAUGAGGCUUCUGAUCCCUCCUGUACGGCUGCUCUCUGCAGCCAUGUGGCAAGUGGCUCAGCAGAGACACGUCCUUGAUUAUGACAAACUGGAUGAGUUCGUGACCUUGGUGACAGAAACUGUACCUGACCUCCUCAGUGCAAAGCAGCGCGGCACACUGCUUCUUCGACUGAGAGCUAAGAUCAUUCUUGAGCUGUGCCGAAAAGAGGAAGCGGCGAACAUGUCGUGUAUUUAACCUCACUUGGCGCGAAUCCGGCCGCCAGGACACAGAGGAAGCGGUGAUGCUGAGGUAGAUGCAGAGGAGGGCAUUUUCAUGGAGCUUAUUCAAACCCUCCUUAGAGAUCCAGCUGAAAGGGAGCGUUUUUAUCAGGAUGUUUUCCCAACGCAGUACGGUCUCAGCCAUGACACAGAUAUGCAGCUCCUCAUGUGGGAGCUUCUUUCCAAACUGGAGAAACUCUUGCCGGUGCCUGACCUCACUCAGACUGUGUCAUGGCUGACAUCUGGUCCCUCUGUGCUCAACGACUGUGUGCAAGUACUCUCCAACCCCGCUGAUCUGAAGCCUCUCCUGCAGCACCUCAAGUCCUUGGAGUGCCUGAGCUCUCAAGGUGCCGCUGUGGAGAUGUCCACUCAGGUGUUUGCUUGCUCCCAUUGUCCAUUCUUCCACAUGCAAGAGUCAUACCUGCAGCAGCACAUUGAACUUAACCACCCGGAACAUUACAGCAAACUCCCUUCCGUGGCCCAGCAGAAGAAUAAGAAUAAGAUCCACCGCCCAAAAUUCCCCAAACCUUCCCCCAUUCACGACAGGCCAGACCCUCAUGCGUGUAAAGAGUGUGGCAAGACGUUCACGCGUGCCUCAGAUGUGACACGUCACAUGCGGACGCACACGGGAGAGCGGCCCUACACCUGUACAGAAUGUAAAAAAGGCUUCCAGAACUCCUGGGAUUUGAGCAGGCACAAGCGCAUUCACACUGGAGAGCGACCCUUCCUCUGCUCCCAGUGCGGGAAAGCGUUCACUCAGAUGGGCUUGCUCAAAUUGCACUUUGAGCGGAGUGCCUGCGGGCAGACUUGUAACCCUUCCCUCGACAUAGCGAUGGUGGCGGCAGAAGGCGCUUCGUCUGAGCAGAGCGUGGCUGCUCAGUACAAAUGCAAAAAAUGUAACGAGUGCUUCAGCACCGUCCUGGAGCGGCUCAGACACAGACAAAAGCAUGCGUUGAAGCGCCAGUACAAAUGCUCCCUCUGUGAGAAGAUCUACAGCAGAGCAUCAGACCUAAAGAGACACCAGAUGAAACACACAGGCGAGCGGCCGUUUGCUUGCGAAUGUGACAAAAAAUUCACACACGUGUGGCUCCUGAACAAGCACAGGCACGUCCACACUAGAGAGCGUCCAUACUCGUGCACAGAGUGUGGGAAGAGCUUCAUGCAGCUCCAGACCUUAAACAGACAUCUACUGACUCACACCGACCAGAGGCCUUUCCGAUGCUCCUCCUGUGAGAAGAGCUUCACCCAAAUGGCAAGUCUUACACGCCACCAGAGGACACAUUCUGGCGAGAGACCAUACGUGUGCAAUACAUGUGAUAAGACCUUCCUCACACACGGAGAGCUGGUUAGACAUCAGCACAGCCACAGCAGCUUGCGCCCCUUCACUUGCUCGCAGUGCCCCAAGAGCUUUAAGACCAAGCGGGCACAGAGCGAACACGUCAACAUGCACACGCGACAGCGUCCAUAUGCGUGCGCUCACUGCGAGAAGAGAUUCGCCAAGUCAACAUCGCUAAUCCGGCAUAACCUGACUCACACUGGUGAACGACCGUACCAGUGCGCUCAAUGUGGGAAGACCUUCUUGACCUCCGGCGAGCUUCUUCUCCACAAGCGGAUCCACACGGGAGAAAAGCCGUAUCCAUGCUCCCACUGUGAGCGCAGGUUCAGGUGCUCCUCCGACCUGGGUGUGCACAUACGGACACACACCGGCGAGAAGCCACAUAGCUGCUUGGUAUGCAAAAAGAGCUUUUCUUCAUCAACGAGGCUGAAGAGACAUUCACGGACACACAUAGAGAGGGAGGUAUUGGUUCAAUUAGCAGUCUGAAAUUAAUAAACACCUGAUAAAGACUCUUGUUUGUG